AUGUUCAAUUUUAUUCAAUCUAUUACAAUGGAAAUCUUGCAACCUAAAUCGACAGUUACACAAUUGUUUCCACAUUACUCAUUUACUCAUCUAUCUAUCUAUCUAUCUAUCUAUCUAUCUAUCUAUCUAUCUAUCUAUCUAUCUCAAUACUGGAUUCUUUCACUUUCUCGCUCUCUUUCUAUCUCAAUAUAUUUUUCUUUUUUAUCGCUUUCUAUCUUUCUUUCUUUUAUUAUUUCUUUCUAUCUAUAUCAAUAUCAAUUUCUUUCUUUCUCUUUUUCUUACUUUCUUUUUUCUCUUUUCUAUCUAUCUAUCUAUCUAUCUAUCUAUUUAUUUCAACAUCUUUUUAUAUCUAUAUAUCUAUUUCAGUAUAUUUUAUUUCUCUCUCUCUAUCUAUCUAUCUAUCUAUCUAUCUAUCUCAAUAAGCGUUCUAUUUAUAUCAACAUCGAAUUUUUUCUAUCAAUCUAUGCCAAUAUCGGUUUCUAUCUAUCAAUAUAUCUCUCUUGCUAUGUAUGUAUGUAUGCAUGUAUGCAUGUAUGUAUGUAUGUAUCUAUCUAUCUAUCUAUCUUAAUAAUGAGUUCUUUGUCAUUUUCUCUUUCUUUCAUUCAAUUUUUCUUUUUGAUAUCUAUCUCAAUAACUGUUUCUAUCUAUCUAUCUAUCUAUCUAUCUAUCUAUCUAUCUAUCUAUCUGUAA